UCGGAGGACCUGAUCAACGCGGCCGAGAUGGGCGACCACGACGCGCUCGUCAAGGCGAUCGGCGACGGGGCCGACGUGGACACGGUGGACGGCAAGACGAUGGCGCCGCUGCACUGGGCGGCCAAGUGCGGCCGGCACGAGGACAUCGUGGCGCUGGUCGGCGCGGGCGCCGACGUCAACAAGACGACCAAGGCGGGUGUGACGCCGCUCAUCUACGCGGCGUCGGAGGGGUGGGACGACUGCGUGCCGCUCCUGCUCUCGUCGGGGGCCGACGCGUCGCUCAAGACGCAAAAGGGUCGGACGGCACUC